AUGCCAGCCAUCCUCGCCUACCAGCGCACCUUCAGCUCCAGGCGCAUCAUGCCCAGGCCGCUGCGCCUCCGCUGGAAACUCGUGCUCUGCAUCGCCGUGCUGGCCCUCGCCGACGUGACGAUCCACGUGCGCCGGUUCGCCGUGCCCCGGCCAGACACAAACCUCGACCCACCCUUCCACGUCGGUUGCCAGGAACCCGUGCUCAAUGGCUCGGCGCGCGCGCGCGCCGCCCUUGUCAUGCUCGCACGCAACGCCGACCUGGGCGGCGCCGUGGCCAGCGUGCGCAACGUGCAGCAGCAGUUCAACCGCCACUUUGGCUACCCCUGGGUCUUCCUCAACGACGAGCCCUGGUCUCGCGAGUUCGUGGCCGCCGUCGGCGACGCCGUGGCUGAGGAUGCCGGCGGCGCGGCGGCGAGCUUCGAGACGAUCCCCGCGGACAUGUGGGGGUACCCGGACUGGGUCGAUCGGGAUGAGGCGCGCAGGAGGAUGCUCGAGAUGCAGAGCCGGGGCGUAAAGUACGCGGGCAAGGAGAGCUAUCACCACAUGUGCCGUUUCAACUCGGGUUUCUUCUACGAUCACCCGGCUCUGAGCGACUACAAGUGGUACUGGCGCGUCGAGCCCGACAUCUCGUUGACCUGCGCCGUCACCUACGACCCCUUUGUCGAGAUGGAGCGCCACGGCAAGCGCUACGGCUACACCAUGGCGCUCAAGGAGAUUCCCGCGACAGCCCCGUCGCUGUUCGGCAGGCUCGCGCGCUACAGGGCCGACCGGCAAAUCCCCGCCUCCCCCCUCUGGACGGCCAUGACGGAGCCGUCGUGGCUGCCCUGGCCGCUGCGGCGCCUGCGCGGGCGCCAGGCGAACCGCGACGGGCACGGCGACGCGUGGAACCUGUGCCACUUCUGGUCCAACUUUGAAAUCGCCCACCUCGACUUCUUCCGCUCGCCCGCGUACCGCGACCUCUUCGCCCACCUCGACGGCGCCGGCGGCUUCUACUACGAGCGCUGGGGCGACGCCCCCGUCCACAGCCUGGCCGUCGCCCUGCUGCUGCCCCCGCGCCAGGUCCACCACUUCGCCGACGUCGGCUACGUCCACGACACGCUCCAGUACUGCACCCACGGCCCGACCCCCGCCGCCCUGCGCCGCGGCGAGCUGGUGCCCGGCAUUGGCGGCGACGGGCGCGGCCCGGAGCUUGGCUGCCGGUGCAACUGCGCCAACGGGGCCGGCGUCAUCAGGCCGGUGUGCUUCAACCGCCUGAGGCGGACCGUCAUGUGA